AACAAAGCCUAAUUACUUCAUAGUUAUGAACCAUAGUUAAGUCAGUUUAAUUCAGUUAAACUGUUAAGAAUAAAAUUCUGUUCAUAUUUAAUUCUGUAGUAUUACUUCAUAAUAUUAAUUUCAAAAAAUAAAAACUGGGUCAAUUUGAGAAUGAAAAUAAUCCAACUUCCCAACUUCUCUCUCUACUGUAUAUAUUUAAACUGUGUUUUAAUUAUGGAAACCUGUAAAACUGGCUUUUGUGAUCUUUGAUUACUUAUUCACUAAUGCCCUAUUUCAAGUUUAUGCUAUUGUGUACAUAAUAAGGUUCAGCAGCAUACUCAAACAAUUUUCUUUAAAAUUUGGAUGUCAUAAAUGGAAUCCUGUUGUUUCUAUAGAAUUUACUAUAAUUCAGAAAAUACUGUGUUUAAGUACUAUGUGCAAAAAAAAUUCUACAUUCAUACUCAAAUUAGUAUGUGAUAAAUAUUCAUUUAAACAUUACUGUACAGGAAAUUACAGCUAGUGCUCACAGCUGAGAUCAGCAAUUCAAUCAGUAGGCAACAUGGUUGUAAAGUAAAACAUUACAUGACUGUGCCUGACUUACAAUGUCAGUUUGUCAGCUUCAGCUAUGAUCAUUAAACAAAUCACCAUUGUUAAGUGUGAGCACCACUUGUGACUUUCUGCCAGCUUCCCCACUAACUUGGUUUGUCAAAAGCAAAUGACUAUUUGAAGACUGCAAAUGGUGAUCACAUGAGGACCCUGCAAUUGGCAUAAAUGUGUACCAGUUGUCAAGCACCCAAAUCGCAAUCAUGUGUUUGUGGAGACACUGCAUGAGCCAUAACUUUGAGGAUGAGUUAUAAAGUCUCCUUUUUAAUGCCAUCAAAACUUUAGUCUCUAAGUGUUCAGAAAGCUGUAGUUGAGAGUGGUAGAGAUGUAAAUUAUUGAUUUUUAUAUAUGUAACACAAUGCCCAUAUGAAAAUGAAGUGGAUUCCUCCUCUCACAGCAUGUAGUAUUUUGGUUUUGAUAGCUGCAUCCUAUGCAGGCUUCCAUCUGAGCAUGGAAGAGCAAUAAAUCUCAAGUAAGUUCUUAUCUAGACAGAUAUUAUUUGUAUAGUAAAUCUCUUUCUGGAAUUUUAAAGAAGAUUCUUGGGUCAAGUCAUCAUUUUACCAUCUUUAAAUGAAUUAGGAUAGAGAAAAUUUUGGACAGGUGACUGAGUACCACCUUUAUGAAUAGUUCUAGGGGAAGGAAAAUUACUGGGCAUAGAUUGAUGUGAGACAAACUACAUGGGCAGGUCAUGUAUAUUAUUGGGCCAAAUUUCAUUGGUUUUUAGUGUCACUCAUUCAAUUUUGGAACUCUUUAAAUUUGUAUGUUUGUUUUCUUGCUAAAUCGUGUUAUUAAUAUAACUAUGCAAAUCUGGUUACUGAGCUUGUUAAAUAUGUGUGUAAGAUGAAAUUGUUUUACAAAGUUAACAUGUAGGACUCCAAAAAGUAAAUAUUUUUAGAAUGAAACAAUUCAUAACAAAAUGAUGCUAAAUUCUACCCUAGUGAUAUCAUAAUCCAUGGUCACAAAUUCUAUAGAAUGUUGAACACUGGGAGGCUUUGAGAUAUUUAUAUCUCUUAGAUUACUAAAGAUGCCUUAAGUGAUUUCUAGACUUAUAAAAACAUAGAUAUGAAGAUCUUCACAUGUCAGUUUUCCAGGUAGACCAGAUAGUCUCCUUUACAGGCUUGAGAACCUAGGGAAGGUCCUAAUCUAACCCUAACACUAGGGAAGGUCCCUUCUGAUCUUUCUUUGUCCAUUAGACAGCUGAUGCUGUGUCCUCUGUUACCUGACCGUUCCCUAGGCAGCAUUUACCUGUACAUAAUUUCAAGGAAAACUACUUUUCCAUGUGUUUUAACUCUAUCCUUUCCUCCCAAGACAAUGUCUAUUAAUUGGAUAUUAUUUAGAAUACAUCAGUCUGAACCAUCAGAUGAGUGAUAGAAUAAUUUAAUGUCUUGCUGCAGUCUAAAUUCUUCUGCUAGGAAACACAAACACUUAAUUUUAAAGGAACCUAGUCUCAGAAAUGGCUGUUUUCUUUUCAUGUUUGCACCCUAUGUUCUAACAGCUCGGCAAAUCCACAGUUACAUUUACUUACAUUUAUAUUUGUUUAAACUAGGAAUAGCUCCACAAAUCCAGGAUUUGCUUGGAAAAGUAGACUUUACAGAGGAAGAAAUAAGUAAUAUGCGGAAGGAACUGGAAAAAUAUGGUAUACAGAUGCCAUUAUUUAAUAAAAUUGGAGGACUCUUGACCAGUGAGCUUUCAUUGGAUGAAGCUGCAUUGCAUGCUGCAGUUAUUGCAGUUAAUGAAGCUAUUGAGAAGGGAAUUGCAAAUCAGACUAUCAAAACAUUGCAAAAUCCUAAUGCCAAGUUAGUAAAUGUGGAUGAUAAUUUUGCCCAUGAAUAUCAGAAGGAACUUUCUGGAGCAAAAAAGAAAAAACAAGAGAAUGCAAAACUUAAGAGUGACUCAAUUUUGGAAGAGGAAAGAGAUGUAUAUGAAGAAUUGCUUACACAAGCUGAAAUCCAGGGAAACAUCAAUAAGGUCAACCUUCACAUAGCUUUAGCCCAAGUGAAUGAGGCUAUUGACAUGCAAGAUGAAGUGGCACUAAUGGCAGGCUUGAACAACCCAGCUCUGAGCCUGCUUGAAGUUCUGCUGCAAAAUUCCUCCUGGUACCUAGCACAGUUAUUUGAUACUAAAGAGCAGAGAACACAGAUAGCAGGGGUUCCAAUUAUCCUCGACAAAAAUGAGAUACAGAAUGAAGUUAGUGUUGCCAAUGAGGAAUCAGACUCUCACAAAUUUAAACUUAUUGCAGUUGACAAUAUUAACAUUGCAAUUCGUAACUGUGACUCAAACAUGACAAUUGCUGCUUUAAUGAAACCUGAAGCCCAGUUACCUGAAGUUUACCCUUCUGCUGCCUCUGUCUAUCAGACUGAACUCUUCAAUCUUCAGCAACAGAAUGCUAUGAAAUACUUAGCUCAUGAUGAACUGUCUAUUGCUGUUGAAAUGCUCUCAGCUGUCGUGCUGUUAAAUCAGGCUUUGGAAAGCAAGAACAUAGAGGCAAUAAAAGCACACCUCAGCAACUCAUCCAUUGGCUUUAACAAUGUGGAGGAAGAGAACUUGCAACGUUGUGCUGACACCUUGCUGUCUAUUAAAUUAGAGGCUUUGUCUCAAGGACAACAAUAUUUAAGCUGGAAUGACAUCCAGAACUGUAUUGAUAUGGUUAAUACACAAAUUCAAGAAGAAAAUGAUAAAAUUUUGGCAGUGGGUUUUAUUAAUGAGGCUAUUGAUCGAGGAAAUCCAAUAAGAACACUAGAAACCCUGCUGUUUCCCACAGCAAAAUUGCAGAAUGUAAAAGAAGCAAAUGCCUGGCAUUAUCAAGCAGUUCUGAACAAUGCAAAAACACGCAAAUGUCAGGAAUCUCAUGAUGAUUCAUCCAUGCUUUGGCUAAAUGAAAUACAGAAAGGAAUUGAUGAUGCUAACAGAAACUUGGAAGAGGCAUCAAAAUUGGCUAUUGGAAUAUGUAUGAUAAACCAGUGUUUAGAAAAAGGUGAUUCUGCAACGAUCAUCACAAUUUUACAGUCGCCUAAUUUCAGUCUGAAAGCUGUUCCAGAAUGUGCUGAAAUCUACUAUGAACAUUUGCAGGAAGCUAAGAGUUUAAAAACCAAAGAACCUGAUGAAGGCCCAUGGAUCAAAUUUUUAAUUCAAGAUAGCUAUGAUUAUUAUUUCAAUGAAGAAAGUGAAGAGGGUACAUGUGCUCCUCCUGAAGGAAUUACUCCCAAAACAUCCUGGCUCACUGGGGAAGAGAUUCAGAAAAUUGUCAGUGAGAUCACAUCAAAUUAUAAUAGAGAACAAUUAUGGUUUGCAAAUGAGGACCUGAUCAUUCAGCUGCAAGCUAAAGCAAAGGGAUUUUUAGUCAGAAAAAAAUAUAAAGAAAGAAAAACAUACCUCCAAGCCCAGGAGCCAUCAGUGAUAAAAAUACAGGCAUUUUGGAAAGGGUAUAAACAAAAGAAAAAUUACACGGAAAGACUUCAGAUGUUGCAGACAAAUGUUGCCUCAGUUAUCAAGAUUCAGUCAUGGAUCAAAAUGUGGUUAGCAAGAAGAGCAUACAAAGAACGGAUACAAUAUUUCAAAGAUCAUAAUGAAGAAAUUGUGAAAAUUCAAGCAUUCCUUAAAGCAAACAAAGCUAGGGAAGAUUAUAGAACAUUGACUAGUUCUGCAAAUCCUCCUUUGAAUGUCUUGCGCAAAUUUGCUUAUCUCAUGGAUCAGAGUGAUUUAGAUUUUCAAGAAGAGCUAGAAGUUACAAGGCUAAGGGAAGAGGUGGUCACCAAUAUCCGAUCUAGUCAACAGUUAGAAAAAGAUUUGAACUUAAUGGAUAUUAAAAUAGGAUUGCUGGUUAAAAACAGAAUAACAUUGCAGGAUGUUGUGUCACAUAGCAAGAAGCUGAACAAAAAAAGCAAAAACCAGCUGCAAGAGAUGGUAACUGGAGAAAAGCAAGGCAUCAAAGGCUUGAGCAAAGAGAGGAGAAAAAAACUGGAAGCCUAUCAACACUUGUUUUACCUUCUUCAGACUAAUCCAACUUAUUUGGCAAAGCUCAUUUUCCAGAUGCCCCAGAACAAAUCCACUAAAUUUAUGGAUACAGUUAUCUUCACACUAUACAAUUAUGCUUCUAAUCAACGAGAAGAAUACUUACUUCUGAAGUUGUUUAAAACUGCUCUAGAAGAAGAAAUAAAUUCUAAAGUAGAUCAGAUUCAGGAUAUUGUCACAGGAAAUCCUACUGUCAUAAAAAUGGUGGUUAGCUUCAAUCGAGGUGCACGAGGGCAGAAUACAUUGCGUCAGCUGUUGUCAUCAGUGGUAAAGGACAUAAUGGAUGACAAAUCCCUAGUCAUCAAUACAAGUCCUGUGGAAGUGUACAAAGCAUGGGUAAACCAGCUGGAAAUGCAAACUGGAGAGGCCAGCAAAUUACCCUAUGAUGUAACAACAGAACAAGCCUUGACACACUCUGAAGUAGUGAAUCGACUAGAAUCGUCAAUUCAGAGUCUUAGAGCAGUAACAGAUAAAGUCCUUGCCUCCAUAUUCUCAUCUCUGAACUUAAUGCCUUAUGGAUUGAGAUAUAUAGCCAAAGUUCUGAAGAACUCACUUCAUGAGAAAUUCCCAGAUGCAACAGAAGAUGAGCUGUUAAAGAUUGUUGGAAAUCUCCUGUACUAUCGGUUUAUGAAUCCAGCUAUUGUUGCACCUGAUGGUUUUGACAUCAUUGAUAUGACAGCUGGAGGACAGAUACAUUCUGAUCAGAGGAGAAAUUUAGGUUGUGUAGCCAAAGUCCUUCAACAUGCUGCAUCAAAUAAUCUCUUUGAAGGGGAAAAUGCUCAUCUCUCAUCAAUGAACAGUUAUCUAUCCGAAACAUACGAGAAAUUCAGAAAUUUUUUUCAAGCAGCAUGUGUGGUUCCCGAACCUGAAGAAAAAUUCAAUAUUGAUGAAUAUUCUGAUAUGGUGACUCUUAGUAAGCCAGUAAUAUAUAUAUCUAUUGAAGAAAUUAUCAACACCCAUUCACUAUUGUUAGAACAUCAGGAUGCCAUUGCUCCAGACCAAAAUGAUGUCUUAAAUGAACUCUUGCAAGGGUUGGGGGAAGUUCCAGAUGUAGACACUUUUCUUGGGGAAGGAGCUAUUGAUCCCAAUGAUCCUAACAAGGAAAAUACUUUAAAUCAGCUUGUUAAAACAGAAAUUUCUCUUUCAUUGACCAAGAAAUAUGAUUUACGAGAAGGGGAAGAACAAGACAUUAAGGGCCUAAUGAUAAAAACAAAAAGGCUAAUUAUUGAUAUAAUACAAGCUCAGCCUGGGGAGUCACUUGCAAAAAUUCUGGAAACACCAGCCUCUGAACUUCAGGAAGCUGAACACAUGAAAAUAAUAGAGAAACGUGCAAUUUUAGAUUCUAAAACACCAGAGAAAAUGAAACAUAGUCGAUCUAUUCUUGAAGAAGGGCAGUUACCAUUAGAACAAAAGAAAAGGAAAAUCCAGAGAAACCUGCGAACAUUGGAACAAGUUGGAUUGGUUUCAUCUGAAAACAAGUAUCAAGAAAUCAUCAAUGAAAUAGCCAAGGAUAUCAGAAAUCAAAGAAGAUACAGACAACAUCGAAAAGCAGAGUUGAUAAAACUUCAGCAGACACUGAAUGCACUCAAUUCCAAGAAAGCUUUUUAUGAAGAUCAAAUAAAUUAUUACAAUACCUACAUUAAAACAUGUUUAGAUAAUUUGACAAGAAAAAAUUCACGAAGAUCUAUUAAAUUAAAUGGAAAGCAAGAGGAGAAAAGAAACAAACUGAAGAAUAUUUCACUGAAAUACACGGCAGCAAGACUAUAUGAAAAGGGAGUUAUUCUAGAAAUCGAUGAACUUCAGCCUAAUCAAUUUAAGAAUGUGAUGUUUGAAAUUACACCUGGUGAAGAAGUGGGUGACUUUGACAUUAAAGCUAAAUUCUUAGGUGUGGAGAUGGAAAAAGUACAGCUCCAUUUUCAGGACUUGCUUCAAAUGCAAUAUGAAGGUGUUUCUGUAAUGAAAAUGUUUGAGAAAGCUAAAGUGAAUGUGAACCUCCUGAUUUUUCUGCUGAACAAGAAAUUCUAUGGAAAAUGAUUCACUACAUUUUGUUUCAAUCAAGUUCCAGUUCUGUCUGUAGCCUAAAUAUUUGAAUCUAUUAUACAACAGAUCUUUCUUCAAGGCAGCCCAGAAGAAAAAUUACUUGUGUGCCUUUUUCAUCCUUUGAUAAUAUAAUAUAAUAAAAUAAGAAUCUACGAAUCAGCUUAAAACACUUCCUGAUUUCUGUGGUGUUGGUAUUCAAUUAAAGAUAAGAUCAAGUGACAUCCAAACGUAUGUCUGAUUUUAAAAAUAUGGACAUUUGAACAGCAUAUAUAGAAAUCUUACCUCAGUAAAAUUAUAUACUUGUAAAUCAAUAUCAAGUACAGUUUUCCUUAUUCAUAGGAAAAACAAUUUCUAAUAUGAACCUCUAAAGAAUAGCUUUGGCAAAUAUUUCUUAAGUGCUAUUUUUCCAGAAGCCUGUCAAUUGUAAAGUGAAUUAUUGUACAAUUUAAAGUUUUAUAAGUAAUAAUGAAUUUAACAUUUACUGUAUAAAAUAUAUAUUUUGCAAUUCAUUCCUAUUAAAAAUGCACUACUGCCUCAGUAAAAUCUAUACACAGCCUUUUAAUAUAAGUGUAAAGAAGUAAUUGGAAUAGUGAUCUGUUUUUUGCAGUGUAUCUGAGGUAUUUUAAAUAAAUUGUGCCUGUCUUUUUUGUAAGAAAACAAAAAAUUCACAAAUAAAAUGCAAUAAAUCUUAAUCUGGUUAA